CUUCCUACGGUUGCAAUAACAUUCCCGUAGGUCUAAAGGCAAGCAUAGCAGUUGUUCAGUUUGGAGACACGGCCAAACAGGGGGGACUCUUGACCCUACACUGAGGAUGUUAAGACCUUCAAAAGUCCUCAAGAUUGAUCUCUUACAGAUAAAGGAUCUAUUGGGACAUUUGAAGCAGUCAAGAAGGACUGAUGUGGUUCCGAAACAUAAAUGGCGUAAGAAGUACACCCAGUACCUCAAGAUGAGUCGUGAAAAAUACCCUGCCAAAAAAAGCUCGCAGUCCGAUCAUAAGUUUCAGCCGACGCUUGAAAAUUUGCUCCGAGAUAAAGUGUAUUUAGCAGCCUUCCAUUCAUAUCUACAGUCUGAGUUCAGUGAUGAAAACAUUGACUUCUGGCUGGCCUGUGAGGACUUCAGGGCAACUGCCUCAUCAGCUGACCUGCAGAGGAAAGUCAGGGAGAUCUACCAGGAGUUCAUCCGACCGACGGCCCGCAAAGAGAUCAAUGUUGACCAUGGCAUUAGAGAGGAGAUCAAGGAAUCCUUGGACAAACCAAGUCUAACAUGCUUCGAUGAGGCCCAGAAACAUGUUUACCUCCUAAUGGAAAGAGACUCUCGUCCAAGGUUUCUACAGUCCAGUGCUUACCUGAGACUGAAGCACAAAUCCAGGACUCUGUGGUACAUUUAGUUGAAUUUAUUUUAUAAACUGAUCAAUUUAAAGCGAGGGUCGGCAACCAGCGGUUUUAAAGCCGCAUGCAGCUCUUUAGCGCCGCCCUAGUGGCUCUCUGGAGCUUUUUCAAAAAUGUAUGAAAAAUGGAAAAAAUGAGGGGGAAAAAAUAUAUAAAACAUAUUUUUUGUUUUAUUUUGGUUUCUGUAGGAGGACAAACAUGACACGAACCUUCCUACUUGCUAUAAAGCACACUGUUUUUAUUAAACAUGUUUCACUGAUUUGA